CAAAUACUGACCUGAGAUCCAGAAACCUGAAGUCACACCUGGUUGAGUGGGUGGAGUCAUGCUUUAAAUAGUGUCUCCUGUGAUCUCUUCCUUGGUUUGAAAAACUCACAGCAAUCUACCUACAACAGAGACAGUCACAGAGAAAGUCAACAGAUUUUGAGGGAAAAUGCCAGCGUCUGGCGUGUGUUUAAACAUUGUAUCAGCGCGUAACCAUAAGGAUGGACAGGGGUCGCCCAGCAAUCCUGAGAUGUUUCUGGGUCAAGACUUCCACAGGUUGAAGACGUUUUGCCUGAGGGAACGACUCAGAUUCAUAGAUAACUUGUUCCCACCGGAGAAGAAAUCCAUUGGUUUGGGGCCUCUGCCGUAUGCUGACCUGGCCAGAGUGGUGUGGAAAAGACCACAGGAUCUGGUGUCAAAUCCUGUGUACAUCGUUGAAGGAACUUCAAGGUUUGAUUUUAUCCAGGGUAAUAUAGGUAACUGCUGGUUUCUGGCGUCGGUCGGCGCUCUUACAUUUCAAAGAAGGAUUAUGACGCAGAUUAUCCAGGAAGAGCAAAAUUUUUCUGUGGAUUAUGCAGGAAUAUUUCACUUCAGGUUCUGGAGAUUUGGAAAAUGGGUUGAUGUUGUUAUUGACGACAAGCUACCGACGAUUGAUGGACGACUCAUCUUUGUUCAGUCCAAAACGGCAAAUGAAUUCUGGCCUGCGUUGCUCGAGAAAGCUUACGCUAAAGUCUGUGGCUCUUAUGCAGACAUGAAUGCAGGAAACAUCUCAGAAGCUCUGUUGGACUUCACCGGUGGCCCGCACAUGACGUUCAAACUAAGUGAAGCAACGAAGAAUCUGUGGGAACUUAUGAGACGAGCCAGCCAAUCAGAAUCCUUGAUGGGAUGUGGUACUCCUGGAGGGCCAGUGCUGCAAAAUACGGUGUUACGCAGCGGCCUUGUAGAAAUGCACGCAUAUGCGGUCACAGGAGUUGCUGAGGUUGUAUGUCAGGGCCGUCCAGUGAAGCUGGUGAGAAUCUUAAACCCUUGGGGACGUGGAGAGUGGAGCGGUGACUGGAGCGAUAAAUCCCCUUUGUGGAAACUUGCACGACCUGAGGACCAAAGAUACAACACUGUGCUUGACAACGGAGAAUUCUGGAUGUCUAUGGAGGAUUUCUGCAAGAAUUAUGAAAAUUUGGAUGUAUGCUGUACGGAUAUAAACGUUCUUGCUGGAUCUCAGUCUUCCUCCUGGAAAAGUGAAGUGCACAAUGGCCAGUGGGUGAUCGGAACUACAGCUGGGGGUUGCUUAAAUAAUCCAGACAGUUUUUCCAAAAAUCCCCAGUAUCGCGUGAUACUUGAGAAGACGGCUGAAGAUCCCAGAGAGGAAAACACUCCCAAUCUGCUGGUGUCUCUCACUCAGAAAUCUAACAAGAGAAACAGACACCUGGCAACCAAUUUGCAUAUUGGAUUCGUCAUUUAUGAGGUCCCAACUCAUUUGAAGGACCACCAAGGAAAAUUAUCUGGGUCAUUCUUCAAAUCCACCCCUCCCGUUGGAAAAGUCAAAAACUACCUCAACGCUCGAGAAAUCAUGGAGUUUUUCAGACUUAAAGCGGGCGAAUACAUCAUUGUCCCGUCAACUUUCGACCGGAAUGAAGCUUCGUCUUUCAUUUUGAAUAUUUACUCAAAGACAAAAGCCAUCGUUCAAGACAGUUCUGGAUAUGGCAUCACAAGAACAAAGAUCAUUCCGCGGGAUAACGAUGACUCAUUCCCGCUCUUUCUACAAUAUGCAGAUGAGUUUGGCGAGGUGGAUGCAGAGCGUCUUCAAAGACUUCUGAAUGAGAAUAUUCACGCAGGACUUUCACAGAAACCUAAAGGAUUCAGUUUGGAUUUGUGUAAGAGUUUGGUGGCGCUGAUGGAUCUCACGGUCACCGGAAGACUCUGUGAAUUUGAAUGUCUUCGUCUUUGGAAACGAGUUGAAAUGCUGAAGGACAUUUUCUAUCGUAACGACAUCACUCAUACUGGGACUCUGUCGCUGAACGAACUCCAGAAUGCUCUCCAAGCUGCAGGGUUUGCAUUGAGUGACAGUAUGCUGAAUCUCAUGGCUCUACGAUACGGUGACUCUAGAGGACAGAUUACUCUAGAGAACUUUGUUUUCCUCAUUAUACGCAUGGAAUGCAUGGCCAAAACAUUCAAGAGGAUCGCUGCUGGAGGGCAAGGCAUGAUGCUUCAAGAAAAUGAGUGGAUGCAACUAACCCUGUACUCAUGAGUCGGAUGUGACAUCAAACAUACUAAGAAUCUGGAUCCAGGAUGAACUUUUGAGACCUCAUAUCUGUCAAUAAAAUAAAAAAUGAUGAUUUAAAUGCAACUAGCGUUGUACUUGAAAUAUUUUGCAUCAUGAGGACUUCUAAAUGGGUCAACUUUAACCUACCAUUAUGUUGCUCAAAACCUGUAAUACUUUAUUUAAUUUUCUGUGGAGCACAAAAGGAGAUGUUAGGCAGAAUGUUAGGGACUGAUAGCCUCAGUCACCAUUCACUAAUGAUGCAUUUGCAUUUACAUUUAUGCAUUUGGCAGACGCUUUUAUCCAAAGUGAAUUACAGAGCACUUAUUACAGGGACAAUCCCCUGGAGCAACCUGGAGUUAAGUGUCUUACUCAAGGACACAAUGGUGGUGGCUGUGGGGAUCGAACCAGCAACCUCCUGAUUACCAGUUAUGCGCUUUAUCCCACUACGCCACCACCGUUACUUUUCAUAAUGAUGCAAU